AUGAAAAGUAAAGGAUGGACAAAGAAGGAUGUUCCAGCCUACAGCAGAGACGUGCAGCUGCCUGAGUCAAAACAAACAUGUCCCACUCAGCCUGAGGACUCAUACUUUGACCCUCUGGUCAAUAUUGCCCUGAACACAAAGCGACACACUGAGACACUGAAGGACUGUGCUGAUCUGGUUCUGAGCUCGGACGUCUGGAUCACAGUGGGGCCCACAAUGAAACCAGCUGCUGCUCUGCUGCUGAUUCUACUGCACGGCUGCCUGGCAAACCAUGUUUUCCUCAGCAGCCAGCUGGCCUCGCAGCUGUUGGUCCGCAGCCGGAGGGCAAAUCAAGUGUUUGAGGAGCUGAAACCAGGAAACCUGGAGAGAGAGUGUUUCGAGGAGAUCUGUGACCAUGAAGAAGCCAGAGAGGUGUUCGAGCAAACGGAAAAAACAGAGAAAUUCUGGGAGAAAUACCAGGUCUGUAAAGGAACUCAGAUAACCAGAACCGAAACAGGCGUCGACACUGUCAGACAAUGUAUAGCAGGUCACUGUAUUUAUGACAAGGAGGCGAACUAUGAAGGAUAUAUCAACAUCACAAAAUCAGGGAAGCUGUGUCAGCACUGGAAACACAGCUUCCCACAUCCUAUUAUGAGGGAGUUUAAUGCCUCAGAACCAAACAGCACCUUGAAGGAGAACUUCUGUCGAAACCCUAAUGACAGUCCAGAGGGUCCCUGGUGUUUCACUCAAGACCCAACAGUCCAGAAAGAGACCUGCAGGGUACCAAUAUGUGGCGAGGUCUUCGUCCCACCCACUGUGGCCCUUAAACCGGUCCAAACCGGUGAGUGUUUACCAAACUAUGGUUUAGAUUACACUGGCAACUUGGGCAUCACCCUGGGAGGCCACACCUGUCUGCAGUGGUCAUCGCCAGUUGCAACAGCCCUCAGCAAGGACAAGGAGUUCAUCCCCGAGGUCAGUCUGCAGGGCAACAAGUGCCGUAACCCCGACAAAGACCCAGAGGGCCCCUGGUGCUAUGUGGAAGAUUCCGGAAAUGUGACAAUCGACUACUGUGACCUGGAGCUCUGUGAGGAUCCAUUGUUUGAUGACGGACUGAUGACAGAGACUGUAGGCAUGGAGCGCUCCGUCGUCACGCCCACCAGGAAAAUGAUGUUCAGUCCUCGUACCUUCGGACAAGGAGAGAGUGAGUGUGGACAGCGCCCCCUGUUUGAAAAGAAGGGCAAGAAGGACGCAAAGGAGGAUGAGUUGUUGGAGUCGUACAGAGGGGAACGCAUCGUCGGGGGCAAUGAUGCUGAGGUGGCCUCAGCACCAUGGCAGGUGAUGCUGUACAAGCGCACCCCACAGGAGCUGCUGUGUGGUGCCAGUUUGAUCAGCGAUCAGUGGAUCCUCACUGCAGCUCACUGCAUCCUCUACCCACCCUGGCAAAAGAACUUCACCAGCAACGACAUCCUGGUGCGCCUGGGGAAACACAACAGGGCCAAGUUUGAGCGUGGCAUUGAGAUGAUCGUGGCCAUUGAUAAAAUCAUCGUCCAUCCAAGGUACAACUGGAAGGAAAAUCUGAACCGUGACAUCGCUCUGCUGCACAUGAGAAGGCCCGUCAGAUUCACAGAUGAAAUCUUUCCCAUCUGUCUGCCCACCAAGGAGGUUGCCCAAAAUCUGAUGAUCGGGGGCUACAAGGGACGGGUGAGUGGCUGGGGGAACCUGAAGGAAACCUGGAACCCAGCAACAAGAAAAUUACCCACAGUACUUCAGCAAAUCCAGCUACCGAUCGUGGAGCAGGACAUCUGCCGCAGCUCCACAUCAGUCGCAGUCACAGACAACAUGUUCUGUGCUGGUUUUAAACCAGAGGACACGCAGCGGGGUGACGCCUGUGAGGGAGACAGCGGCGGGCCAUUUGUGAUGAAGUACCCGGCUGAGAACCGCUGGUAUCAGAUAGGCAUUGUGUCGUGGGGUGAGGGCUGCGACCGAGAUGGGAAGUACGGCUUCUACACGCACCUGUUCAGGCUGGGCAAGUGGAUGAAGAAAGUUAUUGACAAGUCAGAAGAAGCAGUGAAUUAGACAUAUGUUCAUCACCUCCCGUUCUCCCUGUCAAGCAACACACUGCUAAUA